AUUGCAAAUAAAAACUUAUUUAAUGAAGGGAGUGUGUAUAAAACUCUAUAAAUACUUCACAUAGUCCGGAAGAACCUUUGUAUUUGCAACUCCUCAGCAAUCUCUUAUAAAGUGGACCAACGUUUCCUUGACCAAUCACAAUAACCUCGUCCCCAAAAAAAAAAAACUCGGAGAGAAAAGAACCCAAAAAUAAAAAUCAAAAGAAAAUGUGUGUUGAGAAGCAAACAGUUGCAUCAUUAACCCAAGAAAAGAAAAUGGAUGUUGAAAUCAUUUCUCCAUCUUCUUGCUCUUCCAGAUUUAAGAGUGUUUGUGUUUACUGUGGAAGUAGUACUGGUAAAAGAGACUCUUACAGAGAUGCUGCUAUUCAACUUGGUCAAGAACUGGUUGCUAAAAGAUUGAAACUUGUGUAUGGUGGUGGGAGUAUUGGACUUAUGGGUUUAGUUUCUCAAACCGUUCAUCAAGGUGGAGGACAUGUUAUUGGAGUCAUACCCAAGUCUUUAAUGGGCAAAGAGCUUACCGGAGAAACAGUUGGAGAAUUGCUGCUAGUCUCCAAUAUGCAUCAAAGAAAAGCUGAAAUGGCCCGCCACUCCGAUUGUUUUAUUGCUCUUCCAGGUGGGUAUGGAACAUUGGAAGAAUUACUUGAAGUUAUUACUUGGGCACAACUGGGUAUUCAUGACAAGCCUGUUGGUUUGCUCAACGUUGAUGGGUAUUACAACUCUUUGCUGACUUUCAUUGACAAAGCUGUUGAUGAUGGUUUCAUCCCACCUUCACAGAGGCACAUACUUGUCUCUGCCCCUACUGCUAAAGAACUUGUUCAGAAGCUCGAGGAAUAUGAACUCGUACAAGGAGCUUUAGGUAAGUCGAGUUGGGAGGUAGAUCAACCGCAACAAGUCGGAUUCAACACCGCAUUGCAGGCUGAAGUGGCUAUGUAAAGAUUAAACUACAUUAUUAUUAUUAUGUUGUGGGUAUUUUUUUUGCUGCUAAUUUAAAGGAAAUUAGCUAAAUAGGAGGGUGAAGAUUAAACUUUCUUUUGGGUCCCUUUCAAGUAAACUAUACUAGUAGUAGUAGUAGGAUAUGGGAAGUAAUUAAGGGGUUUAGGGACUGACUAUUAGGAAAAUGUUGUGCUAAUGCUAGUAUGCUACAAGCCUACAAGUGCAAAAUGUCUAAUGAUUUUUUUGCUAUAGAACUUUUGGCACCUUUUUGGAACACCUACCUCUAAUGUUUGGAACACCUACCUCAACCUCCCAAAACUUAUCUAUGGAUUGGAUGUAGUAGUCUUCUACAAUUGUAUGUACGUAUAAUACAAUUAUAUUAAUGAUACUAUGUAUAUUUAUCUUCU